ACCACCAUCCUGUGUCAGCUGCCUCUCACCACAGCCGCCACCACCACAACCACCACAGUCUACCUGCCUCCCCCUCUACUCUGUCUCUGCUACUCCCUGCUCAGCUCUGCUCCUGGACGCAUCGUGGACGCCCUGCUCUUCCUCGAUGAAGUGCGUCAUGAGCGAGGAGGAGUUCUUGCUUAAGUGGAACAACCACCAGAGUAAUUUUGUAGAUGUCUUCAACGAACUCCUCAGAGAUGAAUCAUUCGUGGACGUGACACUGGUCUGCGGGGGAGAGGCAGUGCCAGGCCAUAAGAUGGUUUUGGCAGCAUGCUCCCCCUUGCUGCAUCGCAUCCUUCGGGACAACCCUUGCAAGCACCCGUUGGUCAUACUUGGUGAUGUGCCUGCUAGAGACAUGAGGGCGAUGAUGAAAUUUAUUUAUCAGGGCGAGGUCAGUGUGUCUCAGAGUGAAUUGGCAAGUUUUUUGAAAACUGCGGACAACCUUCAGAUAAAAGGAUUAGCAGAGGACAAGGAAAAGGAAAAGGAAGAUAAAAAAAGAAAAGACAAAGAUAGUGAUAGAGUUGAUGGCCGGCCAAAUAGCAAAAGACAAAGGACUUCAGAUUCUAGAAUAAUUGACUGUUCUUCCCCUUUACCUGCACGCUCACAUAAGUCACUCAAUGAUUCUCAUUCUUCUAGUCACAAAAACCGGAGUAGAAACUCCACUGACGAUCAGCCACUCAAAGGUGGUGGGAGAGGGGGAGGCUUGCACGCUCCGGCCUCUAAACAUAACUCGUCAAAGAAUUCCAGCUCAAAACCCACUUCUCAUGACAUUCCUUCUAAAGUUUCUAAGCCAUCCGAGGAGAAUGACACUCGGCACGUUAACUCCAACAAUGGUGUUGAUGAUGAUGUUUUGCCUAAAGAGGAGAGUGUUGAUGAACUAACAGUUAAAACAGAGCCAUUAGACUAUCCGGGAGAGAUGGUAUGGACGGAAGGUCACGGCACCAUCAACAGUGACACCCUGGAUGAUGCUCAAGGUCUGCUGCCCCUCGUUGCAAUACCUGGUGCACUAGAGGGUGUUGCUGCUGCCAUGGGUGUCUCUGCCAACUUACCCAUCAUUGAGUUUGGUGAAGAUAGUCGAAAUGAUGAUGGAAGUCGUGGAGACAUGUCGACAGCCUCGGACGACAUCAACGCCAAUACUGCAGGAGACCUGGAAGAUGGAGACGACGAGAAUGCUACGACAGGAUCUCCUGGCAAGUUUCGUGGAGGAAGAAAAGCUUGUUGUUUUUGUGGCAAGACUUUCUGUGACAAUUACACUCUGCGGCGGCAUAUGGUGACGCAUCUCUCCCGGGAACGACAAUUUGAAUGUCCAAUGUGCAGUGCUGCGUACUCGCGCAAAGACCACCUUAUGGCUCACAUACGAAGAAAACAUCCCAUAGCAGAUGAUGUUGAAAAGUUAGAUUUCGGUACAGGGCAAGCAAGUUAGGUUGCCCUGCCUUGUCGAAGCCCCUUAAGUUCUUUCAUACAUGUGUGAGUCAAGGCUAAACCACUUCAGAUAAUUGGAGAUUAUCUCAACUCGCAUAUUUAUGAAUGCACUUCCUUUGCCAUUCCAAGCUGUUCAGGAGCACACCACUGUGGUAAUGCACAGUGGUUCAUAGUCAUUAUAUUGCUACACCAUUCUUAUAUGUAUAUUUGGAAAUUUGUUGAAAUAUUUUUACUAUGAUUCCAAUUUUGUUGUAAAGUUAAAUUAUGAAGUAGUUUACCAUGGACAUGGUUUUUUAAAGCCAAAUCUUAGAUAAUAUAUCAAGAAUACUGUUAUAUAAGAGGAUUCUGUGUGAAUGUAUUCUUAAAGAAUUCUGUCUUUGAGUCCAUGCAAUGUGAUAUUGAAUGUUAGCAUUGCAGGCUGUGUUUCAUCCUAAGGAUGAUAGCCUCUUAUGACCAAUAUGAAAUGUUUUGCACUGUGAUGGCAUAACACGCAUAGUGUUGUGUUUUUCAUAGGAAUAAUUAUAUUAUAUAUAAUUUUUUUUUUUCAAGCAGAAUACCCAGUGCAAGAUUUGGGUACGAUAUAGACAAGUCUGUCACAUAGCCUGUUGGGCCCAACAAAUUGCUCUUAGGAGUAGUAUUGUAGCAGACAUUGUGAGUUGCAAGGACAAAUUGCAGGAAACCCCAUUGUGAUAGCUUGCUUGGGAUACAUUACUAUGUGCUCCAGAUUCCACCUCUUGUACUCAAAUACUUACAGUAACCCAGAGCCUGAAGCACAAACUCUAAAGUUGGUUUGGUCAAGUAAAUCCUGUACUUAAGAUUGGGCUCUGUCAAGGAGUAACUUUUCAUAUAUAUAUAUAUAUAUAUAUAUAUAUAUAUAUAUAUAUAUAUAUAUAUAUAUAUAUGUAUGUAUGUAUGUAUGUAUGUAUGUAUGUAUGUAUGUAUGUAUGUAUGUAUGCAUGCAUGCAUGCAUGCAUAUGCAGUAUACAUACAUGCGUACACUUUCUCUGGUCAGUAUCAGUACAUAGAAUUGGAAUCUUUGUAUAACUGCCCAUUCUGAUAGAGUUUACUUCUCCAUACUCAACCUGAGAAGUCAGAUUUUAGGUAAGAUACAGUAGUUGUAAAAAUUAUUUUUUCACUUAAUGAGUAUAAAUUGACUUAUUCAGGCUUGACUUUGGCUCUCAGUUUUUGGGUGUCAUGUUUUACAUUUUCAUACAUGCUCUUUCUGUCAUACUCAUUCCUUGUUUUUAUUCUAUUAUCAUCCAUGGGGGUGAUGUGCCACAAGCUGUCAUUGUUCUCUAUAUAGAAUGUUUUUUUUAUAUAUAUAUAUAUAUCAGUUUACAUCCAGUACUGCACCAAGCACACUAGAAUGCAUGUGGGUAAUUCAGAAUAAUUAAGUUCACUUUUAUCUGUCAGUAUGUUUACCAAUAUACCUAAUUCGGAAUAUGUCUAGUGCCUAGUGUAUGAGCACAGUAGGUUGCAAAUUCGACAGUAGAAAAUACUGUGUUAACAUUGGUGUGGAUGGCUUGAGAAAGCUCACGGUGUAAUGUGCUCAUGCGUGUCAGCCAAGGUAUAUUUCCCAGUCAUGUUUAUGUUUGUCUGUCUGUGCCUUUCAUGAUGUGAGAAGUGUGCUAUGUGCCACUUGCAUUGCACUAUAUGCACAGCUGGGCAAUACCUGAGCUUCAAAUGAUAAUGUGGUAACACAAUCUUCAUUGCCUUGCAUAGGCCUAGUGUGCCAAGGGUUUAGGUACCUGGGGGUAAAUAUCUGAAGCCUUCAUCAUAUUUCUAUUUUUUACUAUGACAUUUACAUGAUCAAGUCACUUGAACCUUCAAACUUGACUCUCUUGAAAAAUAUUUUUCACUUUUGAACCUUACUGCACUGUUGAUGCCAUAAUAGGGUGCUUAUUUUAAGGUUAAUGGGGGAAAGACUUGUGAAUUAUCUACAGUUAGCAUGUAUAUCUGGACAGAUGGCUGCUGGUAGGUUUGAUCAAACAGAUCACAGGUGUCAAAAUCUUGAAUGAUUAGCAUCACAUUAUCACUUGUCAAUUUUGUUUCAUAUGCAUUUGUGAUGUUAUACCAAAAGGAAGUCAAAUUUGCUUGCUGUUAUGAAGCAAUUAGAGUUUUCAAAGCAAUACACACAAGUAUAGUUAUGCCAGAUCUUAUUGUCUUAUUCACUGAACGUUUGGAAACAAACAUUGUGAGUUGUUAAGUUUCACUAUUGCCUUGACUCGAACACUGUUGCCUCUUGAAUUACAUUACAUUAAUUUAUUAAUUACAUUACAGAAUUACAGGAUUUUUAUCCUCUUCUAAGUCUUGUUUCUUCACUUCCUGUUUUGGUUUUUUAAACGGGUUGAAAUAAUCAUGAAAGUUUAAACUUUGUUACAAAAGAAUUCAAUAUCUGGCACACAAUGUACUUUGGUUAAAAUCAAAUAAGCUGUAAAGUUUGAGGUAGUGAUACACAUCUGUUUCAUCAACCACUAAGCUGUCCUCGAUGAGUGUGAGCCAAGAGCAGUGAGAGUCACUUUCUUUGUCAAUGUGUUUGGCUAUAGAAAGAUGCCAGUACUAGUAAUGUAUACACCCUGCCCUUUUUUUUUUUUCUUGAUUCAGUAAUAACUAAUAGGUUUGAUCGACAGAAUAAUGAUAGUGGCACUCAGUGUAGUUGGGCCACACUCGACCUUUAAAGCUCAAAAAAAAAAAAUAUUUUCCUAUGUGAUUUAUAUACUGAUAAUAGUUUGCUGUAAAAACGAAAUAGGAAGAGACAUCCAUCAAAAUAUUCCAAAGAGCAUCUCUGCUUUAUUUAUGCUUCAUGCUGGUUUGGAAGUGUGUGUGUAUAUCUGGAGUGAAUGGUAAUGUUGUUGUCUGCAUAAUCACUUAAUUUAGCAAAACAAAAUUGCCAUAGGUGUGCGUGCACUGUCUUAUUUACCAAAACUUUGUUACAAUUGUCAACCCGUAGAAAUUCAGAAGUAUAUUUGAACGUAUGAUGGUUGCGUGAUCCAUCUUGGAUUUAGAUAUUGAUGCCAGUUGGAUACAAAAGCUCUUAUUUUCUAAUAUAUUUGUUUACUCUCAUGUCCCACAUCGUGAAUGGUUUCUUAUGGUUUCACAUUUAUUUAAAAAAGACAUUAUAUACGUAAGUGAGGAGAUAUUUGUGUAUGCGAGGCGAAUGUGUAUGCAUGAGAGAGAAGAAAUAUAAUGUGGAGGGUGUGAGAUUAUGUAAGGAAGCAGUAUUAAGCCCCAGUUCUGUACUUUGUAACAUAAAACAUGUCCAUAGUCAAUGACAUGAAUGUGUGUUAACUUUAAUCAUUUUCCAAUCAUUUGUACAAGUUUUUGUUUUUGUCCAGAAUCUGCUGUUGUUUGGAGAGCUCAUGAAGGUGUACUUUAAAAAAAAAAAAGACAUUAAAUUUUAGUAUAAUAUUUACUCUGCCAGUAUGCUAUAAUGUGAAGGCAACACGGAGAGCUACUCUUCUAGUGCGAUGCCUUUAAACCAUCUUGGGUAGUUAAAGACUUAUAAUUUUGAAGGAUUUCAGUCUUUACCUUUAUGUUAUCAGUGUUGUGUUAUCAUCAAGAAACUGGCAAAUAGAGUAUCACUGACAAGAAUUAACUUGAUGUUCAAGUCUCCAAGAUGUCACAUUUAAAGUUAUUAGUCUUCAUUGUUCUAGUUGACAACCAACAUUCAACAGGGUGAUGGAUUGAAUAAUAAAUACAGUACUUUGGUUAAUUGGGGAAUGUAGACAAAAUGUAUUGGUGUACAUUGCUCAUAUCCAGAAGCAGCCAGUCUGGUACAGUACAAUUUAAUUCUGACUUUGUUCAGGAAGCCAUAUUAGUGACAGAUAAGAUGAUGACCGCCUCAGGGAUUAUUUUGGAAAAUGUAGUGUCUUUAGCGAAUAUACUCUAUUCAACUAAGCCAAUUUCUGUCUCCCUCUAUUGGUGUAACUUUGAAAUCUUGGAGAAACUUUGAAUGUAUCGCUAUUGCAUAUUCUUAGAAGUGCUAAUCUGAUUCUAUGUUUCAAAAUUUGAAGUUGGUCAGUUGUAUGAGUAUCUGUGGGUAGUCAUCUGGGUGACUCAAGAAUGGUCUCCAUGACAAACCUCUCGCCCACAAAACAGGACACCUUUCAAUUUACACUGCUCUGAACUAUCUGGCCUACUAUUUCACAUUAUAUCCUCUUAUGUGUGUGUGUGUGUGGGCAUGCACACAUGUGAAUACCUACCUAGUUGUUUUCAACUAGUUGUGCUUGCGGGGUUUGAGCUUGGGCUCUUUGAUCUCGCCUCUCAACUUCAAUCAACUGGUGUACAGGCUCCUGAGCCUGUUGGACUCAUUUGUAACUGUGUAUGGAGUCUGCCUCCACCACAUCACUUCCUAAUGCAUUCCAUAUGUUAACUAUUUAACUACUCUGACACUGAAAAAGUCUUUCAAAUGACCGUGUGUGUGUGUGUGUGUGUGUGUGUGUAUGCACGCUCGCAUGUACGAAUAAUCGCAAAAACAUGUGAUAGUUAUUCAUCAGUAUCCACAAAGAACAAGAGACAAAGAAUCAAAGUUUUCUUGUAUACUGUAAUAAUGCAUUUCCAACAUGUACACUCUUUGUAAUACUUUAUAGCACUCAGAUUUUUUUCUCUCUCCUUUUGGAUAAUUAUGUAUAUACAGUGCAUUCAUACUUUAUACAUACACCUACAUUUAAUUCUCACUCGCUCACCUCUCAAUUUCCCCUCUCACCCAGCAAUCACCCUGGUAAACCUCCCCUCCUCUUGUAAAUACUGUACAAACAUUCUCACCUUGCUACCUAAUAUACAUUCCCAUUUUCUUUUCACAUUUAACACAUUUGCUUGCAUCUAUUCUCCUCCUCCAUGUCAGUUUUACAGAGAUGUUACAGAUGAAUAAAUCUUUUUCAAGGAAACACUUGAUUAAUGUAAACAUAACAAUGUUGAUUUCUGUUUAUCUUGAGAAUUGAAAUGUUAUUUCCCAUGGCUAGUAAUCUCUUAUCCUGUCACUUGUUUAGGUUAGACAGAAUGGUUGUUAAAUUUUACCUUUAUUUAAAUGUAAUCAAAGUGUAUCCAGUGUGAGUGUUCCUUGCAUUACCAGCUCUCUCCGUGACAAUCUCUGGACGGUGCUUUUAUAAAAGGUGACUUUUGUUGAGAUGUUUACUGCUUCGUCUGAUCACUAAGCAAAAUUUGAUUAAAUUAUAGCAGCAACAAAAGACGUAAUUGUCAUGCAAUUUGUUCGCAGUUUAUUUUUUCUUGGUAUUGGAAAAUUGUGUACAGUAUUUAGUUAUUUGCACACUUUUAAAGAGUAGCAGCUUUUAAAUAUGGUUGUUGUGUUAGAGGGUCUCUCCAAGCACCACCUGGCUAGCCUUGUUUUUUCACUAGAUGAUGCCUCAAAGUCCUGAGCUAGAUGCAUUCUUAUUCAUCUUCCUUAGAAGACUCCUUGUAAUUAUCAAGAAUUGUACAAAGUCAUAUUUAGUAGAAUAUUAUGAAUUACUAUUAAAUAAAUCAAAAUCGAAUUGUAAGACUUUUUCUUGUAACGCUUAUAUUGAGCACAGUGCCAUACUAGUAGUUUCUGUGGGAGUAACCUCCAAGCCAUGAACACUGGGCAUCAUAGCACAGCUCCCAUAAGUUAUAGGCUCCUCAUAAAAAGUUAAUUUCAUUCACGUGAAGUGGAAAUUUCAGUGAUAAACAUGCAGGCUGUUUACAAGAUAAUGGAAUUGGUAUCAAUGCACUACAGAAAGUGAGGUCCUGGUUAUUACAGUGUUUAACAAUUUUAUUUCCAUUGGCAAAAUUGACAAAAAACUAUCUUACAUUAAAAUUGUGUAUGUUUAUCAGCAAUAGAGCUUAGAAUGGUAUAAUUUUGUUUUUAUACAUAAAAAAAUUGCCAGUAGUUGACUAGAUUGUAUUUGUGAUGCAAAACUUUUAUCAGGGAAUCUUAGGUAUGUAACAUGAAUCAAAAGACCUAUAUUGCCACUCUUAGCAAAUGGGGAAAUCCUUUUAUAACUAUACAACAUUUUUGUAUACUUGCAUUUUAUUGGAUUUCCCAUUCUUUAAAAAUUAAAGCAUACACCAGAAAUUGUUGCAGAGAGAGGGAAAUACUGUGUUAACUUAAAUUGGGCUGAUUUGUGCCUCACAGCCUGACAGGUGUGAUGUCUCGGGGCAGAUCAACCGGGGGACCACCAUCUCUGUGCCUACUGAUGCAACCGAUGUAGUCAUUGUCAUUUAGUCUUUCUAUAUGUUGAUAGUCAUUUAUUUCCAAAUCAAUAAAUCUUUAUUGAAGUGUGUAAUACCUCUUUAAAUGAUGAAAUCAUUCCUUGUCUUAGAUAAAAUACAGUACAUGCUAAGCAACAUAAUGGGUGUAGACAAUUUUAGCAUUCAUUUUGCUUGAAAACAUUUAAAUUGUUGAAAAUACAUUAUGGAUUUUAGUGACAAAAUUAUAGUCAUGUGCUGAAAAAGUAUUUUAUUCAUGCAAGACAUUUAUUACUUUGUUUUAAGAAACAUAGGGAAAGACCCAGUGUUGAUGUCACUGUUGGCAAUGGCUGAUUCGGUCUCCGACCUUUUUUCUCUGGUCCUCCGUUGGUCAUAUACUCUAUGAUGUAUAUUUCAUUUGACAUAUUUAUAAAUUGUACAGAAGGUAUAUUAAUACAUCACCUUGUAUUUAUGAGUUGUACAGACAUGUAUUUCAUUCACCCUAUGGGAUGGGUGAUCCGAAUUAGUUAUAUGUUUUCCUGUUAUCAAAUAUAUGAGUGUGGCCUGAUCCAGUUUUCAGUACCUUGCAUUCUUUUGUACUGUCUAGGCUCCACUCUUUGUAGUUUAAGCUUUCUAUGUAAUAAAAGUUCCAACAGAGGAAUGUUAAUUUCAAGCUAA